AGACAUUUCUUCCAACAAUCUCAGCUCAGGCCUUGACGUGGUGGCUCAGAUGACAUGGCUCCAAUCGAUACUGAUCAAUAACAACAACUUCUCUGGUGUGCUUCCCGCGUCCUUCACAGCAAUCAGUUACCUCGAUUAUCUGGAUGUUGGAAACAACCAUUUCACUGGAACCUUCCCAGAUUUUAUUCUGCGCCUGCCGUACCUUUUGUACCUAACAUUGGCCAACAACAGUUUCACAGGGACUAUCCCCCGCGAAUUGACCAAGCUUGUCGGCCUUUUCUACCUAAACCUCAAUGACAACAAUUUCCAUGGAUCUUUCCCAUUCGGGCUGCUUCGGCUACCCGGAUUGAACCUGCUGAAAGUAUCUAACAACUCUCUUUCUGGGGAACUCCCACGGACUCUCAGGGUCACAACUUCUCUUGGCAUACUUGACCUGGGUGGAAAUGACUUCACGGGCUCCUUACCAGACUUCUCACGCUGGAAUAUCAGCUGUGCAGAUAUAAAUCUCAGCGCCAACAACUUCACAGGGUCGAUUCCCGACUCCAUCUCCACCCUCACCACCCUCAUUGGCAUUUUUCUCAACAACAACCAGCUGACUGGCACCAUCCCUUCAGCCAUCUUCACCAUGAGGAAUCUGACAUACAUAUACUUGGCCAACAACCAUCUGAGUGGCACUCUGCCAGCUGCCAUCAGCCAACUGGAGAAUCUUGAACAGAUCUGGUUGGACAACAACAACAUUGAAGGCCCUCUGCCAGCUGGCAUUUGCUCGCUGCCCUGGCUGUGGCGCCUCAUGAUCAGCAACAACUCCCUCUAUGGACCCCUGCCAGACUGCCUCUUUGACAACUGUAUCACACAAAUUGAUGUGAGCGGCAACAGUCUGUAUGGGCGCAUCAACCGCGACUUCAAGAACAUGCUGACGACCAGCGGCGGUGCCCUCCUUCGCACCUUCAAGAGCAAAGCGACGGAUGACAAUGCCCUCGUCAACUUGGCUCACAACUUCUUCUUUGGAGAUGGGGUGCUCUUUGCUGCCGGCUGCAAGGUCUGCCCCACUGAGAUCAACGAGCCCAACAACCUGGGCAUAAGGGACAGCUUUGCAUGGCAAGAGUUUGGUGGCAAGUGCGGCAGUCGUGCUCUAGAUAGUCUCCUGUAUGAGCGGGGCAAGACAGCGAGGGUGAGUCUGUCGGGCAACUGCCUGACUCUCACCCCGAGCAGCAAGUGCUCGGUCAACGCCACCCAGCGCAGCACGGUAGCCUGCCAGGCGUUCUGCAGCAUCACAGACAACGGCCCGUGUGACGGCCAUGGGGCGUGUGUGCCGGCUGCCCCCGCCUCCCCCUCCAGCUUCACGUGCCUCUGUGAUGCGGGGUACAGUGCAGUCGACUCGGGCAACGGCUCCUCCACAUGUGCCAUCGUCCACUCCACCACCAACACCACCAUUGUGUCGUCUCUGUCGACGGGUGCCAUAGUGGGCAUUGUGCUGGGCAGCUUUGCUGGCUUCACGCUGUUGGCUUCUGUGGUCGCAUGGCUGCUGUGGCCCCGCGGACAAAAGAAGUGGGAGGGGUUGGACGUGUGUGAGCAGUUCUCGCUGCAGCAGAUGCUGACUGCCACCAACAACUGGUCGGAGGACAAUGUGCUGGGCAAGGGUGGAUUUGGCGUUGUCUACAAAGGCCGCUCGCCACAAGGGCAGCUGUGGGCCAUCAAGCGCUCCACCAUCAUGACCAACGACUUUGAAACGGAGGUGCGAGCCAUGGCCUCUCUCCACCACGUGCAUCUCGUGCGUCUGCUGGGCUUCUGCCUGGACCAGAACGUGGAGACGGGCAAGCAGGAGCAGAUCCUCGUGUACGAGUUUAUGGCCAACAGGGACCUCGAGUACCAUAUCCACAGGACCAAGCGUCCACUCUCGCUGCGCCAGAGGUUGCGCCUGGCACAGGGAACAGCAGAGGGCCUGGCGUACCUGCAUGGGUUUGACACACCCAUCGUUCACCGCGACAUCAAGCCGGCCAACAUCCUUGUGUCUGCCGACAUGCAAGCCAAGGUGGCUGACUUUGGGCUGCUCAAGCGCCUCACUCACGGUGAUGCUGAUGCCACUCGGGUGGCCGGCACUCCGGGCUAUGUGGAUCCGGAUUACAACCGCACCCACGUCAUCACUGUCAAGAGUGACGUGUUCAGCUUUGGAAUUGUGCUUCUUCAGCUGCUGAGUGGCAAGUCACCCCAUGUCGACCCCAAAACACAUAUAAGACAAUGGGCUAUGAAGCUGGUGGAGGCGUAUGAGGUGGAUGAGCUGAAGGACAGCAAGAUGCCGCCAGUAAGUGAGGAGGCCAUAGUGGACUUUGCAGAUCUGGCUCUGGACUGCAUCAAGUCUCCUGGCACACGGCGACCCACCAUGAAGGAUGUGGCGUACCGCCUCAGUGCCCUAAUUGCCAAGCACUGCCCCGACAGGGAGGACGAGUGGGAGAAUGUUUCUUGCCUCGCCGCAACACCCGCCCACUGCCUGCGUCCUCCCCGCUGCUCCCCUCGCUUCUUCUGCCGCCCUCCCUCACUGCUGGCGUCACUGCCUGCUGUUGUGCCCUCAUCCCCCUCUCCUGCCUCGUGUCAGUCCUGCGGGAUCGUCGCAUGGGUGGCACCGCCGCUGCUUCCAAUUCCAAAUCUUGUUUCAUGCACGCACCCUUCUGCUCCACGUGCUCCCCCUGCUCCCUUUGGCUCUUUCUGCUCCCUCACCCGCCUAUCCUGCCUUGUGUCUGUGCGGGAUCGUCGCAUUGGAGGAGGUACAGGCGCUGGCUAUGUGACUGCAUGCUCUCUCGCUCCCUGCAUCACCCCCAUCCUCUCUCUCCCUCUCGUAUCCGGCAUCGCAUUUGGACCCAACCCCAGCAACCCCAUUCCCAUGCUUAAGCUCCUUUCCAUCCCUCCUCUACUCCCCACACUAAGCCCAAUGCUCACCACCCCCUCUUUCCAGCUCCAAACACAUAUCCACCCGAUCCAACCCGAUCCCCACUCCCAAUCCAAUUGUUUUCUCACAGAGCUCCUCCAGCCUCCUUGA